AUGGUAUCUUUGUCCCGUCUGCUCGCUGCUGCUGUAGAGACACCUCCCGAGCUGGAGGCUUCGGCCGCCCCAGCGUUGCUGCCGACUAGGGAUUGUCUCUUGCCUCCAGUGCUUCCACCGGGAGCUGUGCCGCCACGACUGCGUGCUGCGCUUGGCACUGAAUCCAGCACAGUUACGCAGUUUUCAUCUAAACCUCAGUCAUCGACCGAAACGUCCGGUGCAGCCUUGUCUGCACCGUCUCUCGCCCGUCUUUCCAAGCCCCCACUUCCCUUACAACGUCUUCUCGAGGACUUGGGGCCAGAAGCUACGGCUUCGCGCAAUAUGUCUUCCCUUGCCCACACUCUUGUUCACUUCGGCCGGCCGUCAGAAGCCGCUGUCGCUUCGGCCUUGCUAUUCCUUGCCACUGCAGGGCCACCUACAGAAGCGGCCGCCGUGGAUAGCCAUAUGUUUCACCUUUUCGCAAUGUUUUGUGGCGACUCGGAGAACCCUUCAGUGGGCACAAAUGUUCAACAUGCCGUCGCAGCGGUCUCUUCGUCUCCAUCAGAAUGGCGAGUUGAUGUGUUAGUACACGCUGUAGUGGCAGUCGCCGCCCAGUACCAGUCGCCUCUGGAUUGGCGCCUUGUAAUUCGAUCUUUGGAUGCAGAUGGAUUGGAAAAGCAACUAACACAAGCUGCUUUCGUGGAAAUUGCCAAUGCACAUAUGACUGGCACGGGCGGCUCGCUAAUUCCAGGAGAUAUCAUUUUGGAUGACUGGAGACAUCCGGCUUCUCAAAUAUGUAUGAUAUCCCAUGCGCUUGCAUCGCACAAAUACAUCAACUGGGAUAUUCUCGAGGCUUUUGAGGUUGCCACGAAGGAGGACAUGGCGAGCCCAUUAUCAAGGAUUGCAGUUGUUGAAAAGCUAAUCGAGCUCGAUGCUCGUGAUUUGCUUCAGUACGCACUUCGGCAGGAUCCGAACCUUGUUCUAUUGUCGCUGACAUGCUCAAAACCGCGUCGAAACGUAGCGUUGCAACACAAACUCACAGUGACUUUACUUGCUCCUUUAAUCGCGGCCUACCCAAAGAGCGAAAAAACGUUGCGGCAAAUGUGGGACGUGACCCCAACUCUCGUCGAAUCAGGACUUAUUUCAAUGUGGAAGAAGGACCCUACAAUGCUGCAUCUGGUCUACAUGAUUGCGUCCGAUCUAGGAAUCCUGGAUGAUUUGUUGCGGGCCGUGAACUCAGUCGUCUUUUCUUUUGAACUAGCACUCCUUGCGUACAAAGAAGGCGCGGUGAACUUGGAAAAGUGGCUCACAGAUUUGCUUCUGGCGCGUGGUAUGAGCAUAGUCUCCACAAUUACAACUCAGCUAGCGGCUAAACUACAGAUCAAAGAUGGCCAGGAGGCCGCCCAAAUGCCUCUUGAUGCCGUCCGACUCAUUUUUCGCUGCUUUGUGACCGUCCUGCGUAGCGAUAGCAACAACACUCAGACGCAGGACAUCAUGGAAGGGAACCGUGUGGAGACGUCCUCUCAUCCUCGUGAGUCUAGAGAUGGUAUUUCAGAGGCAGCAUCCACUGCCGCUGCUUUGCUUCUGCCUGCGUCGGUGGGGCCAGGCAGGGCACCCAGUGGAUUCCCGAAGGCGAUUGAAAAGGAAGCUUCUUCGUACUUUGAGAAUCUUUACAUGAGAAGCUUACCGACAGGGCAUGCGGUGGAGCUUUUGAGAAAUUACAAGCUGUCAAACUCUGUACAUGACAGACACGUCUUUUUGUGUGCGAUGCAUACAUUGUUUGAUGAAUACCGUUUUUUUAAGAAGUAUCCCGACCGUGAAUUGGAAAUCACCGGGCGUUUGUUCGGUUCCAUCGUGAACGAGUCUCUUCUUGAAGGAAAAUUGCAGGGAUUAGCACUCACGUGCGUCAUUGACGCUUUAGGAACUACAGAACCGAGUCCUGCACCCAUAGGGCGGCUGGCUACGUUUGGAUUAUACGCGCUAGAGAGAUAUGUAUCCCGUCUUAAGGAAUGGCCGUCCUACUGCCGGAAGAUUUUGAAGUUGCCGAGGCUGGCAGAGGUGAAGCCAGCUAUUGCAGAGGCUGCGAAGAGGACGCUUGAAAUGUACCAUGCUCCACCUCCGGUGACGUCAGUACGUGAUCCAUCAGUCGAUGCAGACACAGUGCGCGCUCUUGUCUCAUCCCCCGUUCUGUCUCCUCAAAGAACGCCUGUGAAGGAGUCGCUGCUAGCUUCGUCAGUAAUUAAGCCGUCCCCUUCGAUCACGAGCAAUAUGGAUGGCUCACUGGCAAUGUCUCCGCAAAAUCUCAUGGCGCUUCUUGGCAUUACAGCCGAGGAGGCCAACAAAAUUGUGGCUCCUGACGAUGCUGUGCAAGACAAGAUCGGAUUUAUUUUCAACAACCUUUCGGAGACUACCAUGGAGGUCAAGGUGAAGGAAAUGCUAGGGCUCCUUGAUGCCGAAUACAUACCUUUUUUUUCUGUCUACGUUGUUGUGAAGAGGGCAUCAAUAGAGUCAAACUUUCAUCGGCUAUAUCUUUCAAUGCUGGAAGGAAUGGAGCCAGAAGCACCGACGUUAUUCAAGGUGGUUUACGAGACAAUGUACAAGAGAGUGAAGGUCCUGUUGGCAUCUGAUGCCAUCGUGACUAGCACUUCAGAACGCAAGGUCCUCAAGAGUCUAGGAAGUUGGAUUGGCGCAUUAACGCUGGGAAGGAACAAACCAGUGCUGCAGAGAGAUUUAGAUCUCAAAGAGCUUCUGAUGGAUGCCUAUUCCAGAGGCCGCCUCACUGCAAUCUUUCCUUUCGUUUCAAAGGUUUUAGAGGCUUCUCGAGGAUCAAGAGUCUUCAAGACUACUAAUCCAUGGAUUAGAGGCAUCCUUAGUCUUAUGAAAGAGAUAUAUUCUGUCCUUGAUUUGAAGCUCGGGAUGCGGUUCGAACUUCGAUUGCUAUGCAAGAGUUUGAACGUUGAUGUGAACAAGGUGACAGCUUCAGAGUUGUUGAGAAAUCGCCCAGCACCGGACAAGAAUAACAACCAGGACUUCAACACAAAAAAGCCGGCAAGCGCGUCACCGCUUCGUUCGCUACCUUCCCCCGCUACUUCUCCCUCUCCGGAGCUUCGUCGGGCUUAUGGCCAGGUUGGCACCACCGGGAGACCAGGAAUCCCUGUAUUUUCUUUGGCGGAUGCGCAGUCAAGCACUUCGGCAAAUCGCAGCUCCAGUCAACUCCAGCGCAGUUCGCUCCACACUACGGGUGGCGUUCCGAGUACAUCAGUUCAACCCUCUGGGAUAUCCUCAAGACAGUCUGGUUCAAUUUCUGCAUCAGACAGCACGGUGAUUCCUAAUCUCGCGAACUACAUUACGAUUAGCCCAUCGCUAGUCGUGUUCCAGCAGAAUCCAAGUCUGAAGCGCUUGCUCCCUCUAGCUAUAGACCGGGCAAUCCGAGAGAUAAUUCAGCCAGUUGUCGAGAGAAGCUGUGCGAUCGCUUUUCUGACAACGAAAGAGUUAACUCUUAAGGACUUUGCCAACGAACCUGAUCUUGGGAAAGUGAGGAAAGCUGCACUGCAGAUGGUUCAACAACUGGCCGGUUCAUUGGCUCUAGUGACAUCGAAGGAACCCCUUCGAGUUUCCAUGGGGAAUCAACUCCGCACAAUGCUCAACCCAGUGGUGCCGGAGCAAAAUCUUAUCGAACAAACAUCACAGGUCAUAUGCGCGGCGAACCUUGAAGUUGGUUGUGCUAUUAUUGAAAGACACGCCAAAGAGAAGGCCGCACGAGACCUGAAUGAAAAGAUUGCGCCCGCUAUUGCAGCUCGUCGUCCGCAGCAUUCCUCAUACAGUCAUCGGAUACCAUUGGGGCCGGAAGUUCUUCGAGUUUACGAUGAAUUUGGGCGCUUGCCUCGAAUGGGUGCCACCCCCUCCCAGCAUCCGAGCACAGCGCAGACUCCCCGUCCACAGCCAGUGCGACCGGCGCAGCCCAACACAGCUCCUUCUCAUCUCUCAAUGCCAUCAAGUCACCGCGCGGAUGGUGGGAAUAUUGCGUUGCCUGAUAGUCGAGCCAAUGGUUCAGUACCAGACGAGAAGUUUUCUGACGCUCCCAGUGCAAUCGCUUAUCCUGGAACAAGACCAACGGGACCUUCCAACUCAGUAGCGGAUACCAACGGCCAAGGAGUGACGACAGGAAGGAGAACUGCCUCGGUCUCGGUUCCGGCGAAGGAGAAGCGCGACUCCUUCACUUUAGUUGGGACUUCCCUUCCGGUCAUGGCCGGCUUCUCAGAGCUGUCCAAUGCACUGACAGCUGCUGCAGGAAUAGGGAAUGCCGGAAGUGCAACACACUUACAUGGCACGCAUGCGGCUGGCUUGCAAGGUAUGUCUCUAACUGGGGAACCCGAAUCUCUUUCCAUCCAACAGGUGCUUGAGCGAUUCAAUGGAAUUUAUCCUCAAUUGACUGGUCGCAUAUUGGAGGCUGUGGCUGCGGCCGGAAACAAAGCGGUGGCAUUGGGGGACCUUUCCUUGGAUCAUGAAAUUCACCAGUUAUGGGUUCAAAUUCCUGCAGCCGUCAAGAGAUCAGAAACAGCAGACGAGGCGGGCAUGGCUGUCGCCCAGAAGGUGUUUAAACAUCUCUACGAAGGGGAUUCGACACUUUAUCGUGAAGUGCAUGUCCUUAUUUUGGAAGGCCUUCGGGAGAGCUGCCGCCGUCUAUCGAAGGAGCUUGUUUCAUGGCUUGCAUAUUCGGAAGAACGCAAGAAGUUGCAUAGGGAAUGCAUUGUUGCUCUGCUCAAGCCAGGUUCACUGCUUAAUAUCACAAACUACGACGAGCUUCUCGCAAAGACGAUUGACAACGGGAGAAACAAGAAUGCGUUGGAGUUUGCAUGCUUUCUGGUUAAGCGUGCUGUCAUUGACGAACCUCUAGCGACGGCAGCAGAACUGUACUUGACGCUUGAGACUAUGAGCAAAGUCGGCCGCCGUGACAACCCAAGCCUUGAGGAAGCCCCUGACGGCCUCGUUCAAUUGGUCGAUACUAGUCGGAAAGUAGCACAUCAGCAUUCUGCGGCAAAUUCUACAACGGGGUCUGCCAACGACAAUUACUCGAAUUCCUCGAAGCAUCUCGUACUUCAUCAAAACCAACAGCAAAAGGAAGCUAUCGCUACAGAUCCCGUGGGGAUGAGGGAGGCGAUUGCCAUGUGCUUGACAGAUUGGCAGCGAAUUUUGGAGUCUGAUGCCUCUCGUCGGCCGGUUUCGGAACGUGUUGUGGUUACAUUUCUUGGACACGUGCGAACGAAUUUCAUGAGCACUGAUGAAUUACGCAAGAGGUUUAGUAGAAUCACUAUUGAGCUCGUCUGUUCUGUAACGGCCCGUGCUCUCCGCUCUCCUGCGUCUGGCGUUCCUGGAGAUUUGGCCUCCGCUCCAUAUUCUGCGGUCGACGCUGUUGUCCCUUUUAUAGUCGCUUUAUGCCAGUCAGACUCAGUUAAUGUAUCAGAUACUAUUUCUCGCGAGGUCUACACCUUGACUCAGUUUUUAACAGCUGUUGUGAAAGACCUUCUGAAGACUUCAGUUGGAGCAGAUCUCCGUCCACAUUUCAGACUUCUGUCGGGGCUCAUAGCAGACCUUGCAGCAAGAACUAGCUGCAAAAUGGCCAACCCCCAGGUUCAUGCUGCAAUCGUUGGGGCGUUGAGUGCGUGCUCCCCGUUAGUGAUCCCUGGUUUCUCCUUUUCAUGGCUGCAACUUUCUUCUAACAAAGAAGUAAUGCCGAGGCUAUUAAUGGAUCCUACUUCCCAUGGUGGCAACAUGUAUCUUCACUUGCUCAACACCAUGUUACGGUUUUUGUCGGAAUAUUUGAAGGAUCCUCUAGACUCUCUUUCUGAAGGGAUCCGAACCUUGUACAAGGGCGUUCUUCGUGUUUUUCUUGUUCUCCUACACGACUUUCCAGAAUUCCUUUGUGAUUAUCACAUGGCGAUUGUUGACGUGAUUCCUCACUGCUGCGUACAGCUUCGAAACAUUGUCUUAUCGUCAUUUCCGAAGAGCAUGCGUCUGCCAGAUCCAUUUCUCCCAGAGCUUAAGGUGGAUCAGCUUCCUGCGAUGGCGUCAAAGCCGCGGAUUUUGACAGAUUUCAAGAAAAGUCUGGACGAGGGCGGGCUUUUAACAGUAUUGGAGAACUACCUUCGAGAUCCUGGAUUACGAAGAGGGUCUAAGCCGCCUCUCCUGAAGUCGUACUUCGUAAUGACAGAUGGCGAAUCUGGUGAAACAAGGUAUAGCAUCCCUACAAUCGGUGCAUUUGUCUUGUAUGUAGGGCAGGUCGCAAUCGGGCGCUUGUCACCAGGGACUACUGCUGUAAUGGAUGGACCAGUAACGGACUGGAUACAAUCGCUCAUACAAGAACUUGAUCCUGAGGGCCAGUAUCACUUGUUCAAUGCAAUUGUGAAUCAGAUUCGGUACCCAAAUUGUCACACACUAUACUACAGCCGGUUGAUUUUGUACUUAUUCCUCGGGUCGAGCGAAGACUCUGUGAAAGAACAGAUCACUCGAGUUCUUGUGGAACGAUUAAUUGCUAGUCGCCCGCAUCCGUGGGGACUUCUUGUUACCUUUGUUGAGCUUGUGAAGAAUUCAGUGUACAACUUUUGGAGACAAGAUUUCGUCAGAUGCGCCCCAGAAAUUGAAGAACUUUUCGAGAGUGUAGCGAAGGUGUGUAUCGGGCCCGCGAUUCAAACUCAAAAUAGUCGAUCAGCAGUCAACAGUGCAUUCGACACCUUGUCAAUGCCAAAAGUGAAUUGA